GCCAUGAAAAUUUUGUCCAAAAAAAAGCUGAUGAAAAGAGCAGGAAUGUUUGGUCGAACACCUCCUAUUCGGGAUGGAAAACGUCGAGUUUCCCAUCCACUCAUGCCGGUCUACAGAGAAAUUGCAAUCUUGAAGAAGUUGAAUCAUCCAAACAUAGUGAAAUUGAUCGAGGUUUUGGACGAUCCGGAUGAAGAUAAUCUCUACAUGGGUAAGUUGUCCUCUUUAAAUAAUAAAGUAGAUUGA